GAAUGGCCGCGGAUGGCGCUGCGAGGUAGCCGGGCUUUCCUCCCGCCGGUUUCCCAGGAGGCAUUGCGGGCGGCGGGCUGGGUUGCCAAGCAACGGGAAGCGGCCUAGUCGUAGUUUGAAGCCUCGUUGCAGUAGUUGAAGAGGAUGAAGCAGAAGAAGAAGGCGGCGAAGGGCUUCUCCUCUCCCUCCUCUGUCGCUCGCCCUGGGCCCAAACGGAAGGAUCUCAGCAACAUCACCCCUUCCACAAGCUUGCCGCCUCUUGUGGAAGGACAACUGCGCUGCUUUCUAAAGCUGACUGUUAGCAAAAUCCUAUGGAUGGUUUCCAAGCCACCAGCUUCCUUCCUGAUCCGGGUGCGGUGGUGGGGAGAAACCUCCGAUGGCACUGCUUUCACCCCCCGCGACCCCUCGCAAGCAGAGCAAAAGACGCUGAAGACUACCACUCGCUACCCAGUUCGAUGUGGACCAAAACAGUUUACCUCCUACCUGGCAGAUAUGGGUGCUCUCAUCCUGGAAGUCAUGACCAAAUCAGAUCGUCUUCCAAUCGGCCGGGUUCAAAUCAAUGGGCUAGCACAGCUCUCUCCUAGUCACCCAAUCAGUGGGUUUUUCACCAUUGUUUCACCAACAUCUGAGAAGAUGGGAGAACUGCAGGUAUCAGUAGUUCUGGAACCUCUAUCUGAAACCUAUGACAGCAGCGGCUCUGUCCCAAACACAGACGUGAGCUUCAAUGCUGGAUUGCCAGCCCCAGGGACCAAAGAGGCACUGGAGGCUAGCCAAUUUCUUGCCCCACCACCACAUCAUAGACCACCAAGCGCAAAUGUCAUUGGAAGGGAAUCUUUGAGCAGUAGUCGGGCUUCUACACCAAGGGGAAAGGACCAUUUAUACUUUCAGGAGAACUCUGAGAACCUUGGGCCGCAUCACCACCUCGUAGGACAAAAUGAUAUCAUGAAAGGAAACAAUCCCAAGCAGCAUGGAUCGCUUCCCAGCAGCUCCGAUCAUGAGGCUCAAAUGAGGCUAGCUGGAAGAAGUCCAAACCCUGUUCGUGUUCUUUCCUCAAACAACACAGCCACAAAAGAUCUCAUUUCAGCUCUUUUGGAUCGGGGCAGCCAACUCCGAGACGCCAUGGUUGUGUCUACAAUGAAAUCCAGUCCUGACUCUGGUAUCGAACUACACGAGGCUCACCCUCCCAUAACGCGAGGAAUUACCAGGCUUGUUGGAAAGAGCCUUAAAAAUCCGAAUGCUGGCCUUGCGUUUACUGCUGAAGAUCCCCUCCAGCAACAGCCGGACUACUCGGAAUUUGAUUUGCAAGCUGAAGACAGAGCAGUCCAGCUCUUGUUGGGCAGUUCUGAUUUAUCUUCUGCACGUCUUUUGGAUGGAACACACUCACCUCUGGAGUCUCUCUCUCUCGGGAGUGAGGUUUAUGACAGCGAGCUCAAUGACCCCCAUUAUGACCAGAGUCUCUUGGAGAAUUUGUUCUAUACAGCUCAGAAGCCAGACAGCAGUUUAAGUGACUUUCUCAGUGAAGAAGAGGGUGCUGUUUCUUCCGGAAAACAAAAGCAAUCUCAGAAAGUGCGAUCUCAGAAGUCACCAAAGCCUAGUCCUUCAGAUGCAAAAAAGAAGAAAAAAUCCAGCAAUUCUCCUUCUAGACCACUUCCUCCUCAUGAGACUUCCACGGAGUCAAACGAGGAAACACAACAUGUCAACUUGAGUCUUGACAGGCUGGCAGUGCUGAGUCGAAUCCACUUAGCAAGAAUGGUAGUGGAGAGUUUAAAGAUCCCUCUUGAAGACGGCGCUAAGAUCACCCCAGGCAAAAGAAGUUCUGCCGGGAAGCCUCCUCGACCAACGCUGGCAAAAAAGAGGACAUACUUUGUGGAGUUUCACUUUCCAGUAGGCACUUUAAAGACGGGCGCAGGGCAGGGUGCCAUAACAACGGAAGUCGUUCGGGUAGCUUCCAGCAAGAUCUCUGGGGAAGUGGUGAAAUUUCAACAGAGGUCCGUGUUCCCUGUUCACUUCAGUGGCUCCAUGAUAACUCACUGGUGGAACUCAGACCUUGAGUUUAACAUAUUCAUGAAAAAAGGCACAGAAAGAAAGCCCCUUAUGAUUGGUUCAGCAGCUUUAACCCUGCGAGAUGUCAUUCAGUCUGAGCUUCUGAUGGUCAAUUGUGACUUGCCUGUGAAAGAAGGGAGUGUCCCAGCCCAACUGGGCCCUUUAAAGGUGUCGUUGGAACUGGCUGCUGACAACAAAGACUUCUCUGCCACCAGUACCAGGGCAGUGAAUGUGGCUUCGCAAGCUCCAGUUUACUCUGUUCGAAGCCCUGGGGUCAAGUUCCAAAAUGCUGACAAGAGCCCCAGAUCUGCUGAAAGCCCCCAGCUCCUGAAGCAAAGUAGUGGCCAGUUCCUCAAGAGAACACUGGAGACAUCAGAAAAGCCCAGUGUUGAAUCGAGCCAGUAUUUAGGACCCAGACCCGUUUCCCGUAACCUCCUGGCCCAGAUCAGUGACUUGGAAGAGGAAGGCUUGUUGCUGCAUGUCCUGCUAAUGAUCCCAGAGGGUCAGGUCUUUGUUCCUCGAGAGGCUGGACUCCUUGGCUCUUGCAACGUGUAUUUGAACUGCAAACUCUUCAACACCAAAGAAGCAACAAGGUCGGCUGUCAUCUGGGGCACCACCCAACCCACCUUCCAUUUUUCCCAGGUAACACCUAUUUCCUUAACUUCCAAAUAUUUGGAGAGGCUGAAAAAUAAUGUAAUGGUCAUCGAAGCCUGGAAUAAGGUGCACAGCCCUGGAGGAGACAGGCUGCUGGGACUGGUGAAACUGCCGCUGCAUCAGUUCUACGUUUCAUUCAAAGAUCCUACAAUUUCCAGCCUGCUGCUUCAGGCCCAGUAUCCUGUCUUAGCUGUGGAUGGCACCAUGCCAUUGGUUGACGUCUUUUCGGGCAAGAAAAACGGGAGCCUGACAGUCAUCCUGGCCAUGGGCUCUGCUGACCAGAUUGCAGCCCUGCAGAGGCUCAAGAGCGAAGAAGGGAUGGGGCCCGCUGUGGUUCUACGCCCACCGCAUGCCCUGGACCCUCUUGCUGCACCGCUUCCAAAGCGGCCAGACCAAGAGAAGGAAGGCUUGAUGGAGCACGUCUUUGAGAUCCACAUUGAGAGCGUUAAAGGGCUCACUCCCCUCCAGUCCACCGUCUGGGGAGAGGCCGACUGCUACGUGCAGUACCACUUCCCAGUCCAAGAGUCAGAAUCGGAUGUUUUACGUGGAACAGACUUCAACGAAGGCGGUUUUGGAAUAAAACCUUUCCGUUCAGCCACUACCUUGUGCAUCCCGGACCCCACUUUCAGCGAGGAGCGUCAUCACUCCUUGUUGGUCCCUGUUGACAUCCCUGUCCAGCGGCUUCUGCUCAGAGCUUUCUCUGCUCAGGGCUUAGCAGGAGGAGGAGGAAUUCAGUUUGAAGUCUGGUGCAGGUAUUACUACCCUAAUGUCCGAGACCAGAUGGUUGCCAGAGGGACCCUGCCAUUGUCACGCCUCUGUGCCCUCGUGACUUUGCAGCACCGGGACGCGGUCGGCAUCCAGACCUUCAGUCUGCCCUUGAUCCCGAGAACUGAUACCUUGGGGGAACACCAUCCCCGGUCCUCAGGUUUUCUUGAUGUAAGCAUCAGGUACAGACGUUCCCUGAAAAUAUCGAAAGGCAUCCUUGCAGCUCAAACUGUUUCUAUUUCUGUGCAAAUCCACUCUGCAGCUGGUUUGCAGGCAGCAGCUAGAGCUUUGGCCGAAAAGAACCCUUUGCUGCAAUACAGCGCUGAGGUCGGUGUCAAUGCCUACAUCUCAGUCCACAUCCCCUUCCUCCCGGAGACGGAGCGGCGCAACACGCGACCCGUGGCUCGCACUUUUUGCCCUGAGUUUGAGCACCACGUGGAGUUCCCUUGCAAUCUUGUGGUCCAGAGAAGCAGCGGAGAAGCCUGCUGCCUUGGAGAACUCCUGCAGCAUUCAGAAAUCGUGUUCUCUGUCUUCCACCAGAACCUGAAUUCAGCUUCAUCUGCAAUAAAAGCUCCGCCUUUACGAGACUAUCUUUUAGGAACCGUCAAGGUGGCAACCAAAGAUCUGUUGGUCAGAAGAUCAGGUAUUAGAGGCUGGUACCCAGUCAAUCUCCCAGAAGAUAUGGUGCCUUCAGAUAGUAGAAACUUCUUGGAAACCAUUGUUGGAGGCCUGGAACUCUCCAUUACCUUUGCUCAUCCUGGGGACCGAGAACGUGUUCUGGAUGCUGCAACGCUUUUGGGCUGGAAUUGGGAGGGAUUUGCCAGUGAGAAACUCCAGGAAGACAGUGAGGACGAAUGCCAGUCUGCUCCAAACCCUGCCACAGUGACGGUUUCUAUCCCGAGGCUGUGGCUGCCAUUGCAAUGUGUCUUACUAGCUGGACAGACACACUUGAAUAGAAGCAUCUACUGCUACCUUCGCUACAAGCUGUACGACCAAGAAGCCACGUGGACGUCGCUGAGGAGGCCAAAGUGUACUGAAGACCAGAAACAUGUGACAGUGACUUUCAAGAAAAGCCAGCAAAUGGACCUUCAACCGAGCCAGGCUUUAUGGUGGUACUUCAGGGAGGAGAGGCUGGAGCUCCAGGUGUGGAGAGCCUAUGGGAACGAGAGCCAUGUGGAGAGACCGCUGGACACUGACCGCCUGAUUGGGUCGGCCUUUGUGGAUCUCUCAGCACUUGAUGGGAGCGCAAGAAGGAAGAGAACAGUUAGUGGUGUCUUCCCCUUGUUCCGGCGCAAUGCUUCAAACCUGUGGGGAGCUGCUGUGCGGGUUCACAUUGCGCUGUCUUCCACUCGCCCUCAUGGGCUUGGGCCUGGUGAAGAGGGAAGCCACAGCAGCGGCAGCGAAGAUGAAGAAAUCAAAGAGGCACCCGAGCAAAGUGUCCAGGUCCCUCUGGAACCAAAUCCUGCAGCUGCAGACAUUCUUACUGAGAAAUCAUCCGAAGCAUUUUCUCCCACUGUGGACCAUGAGAAGACAUUUGCUGUUAGUAUCCUUGUGGAAAGAGCCAUGCACUUGAGCUUAAAAGGGAGCCCUCUCACUGAGCGUGGAGUGACUUCCCCCAGCAGCUAUGUGUCCUUUGUUGCUGCCGAUGCCGACAACCCCAUCGUGACAGAUGUCAUUGAAAACACCGAGUCCCCCGUUUGGGGCUUCCAGCAGCAGACCAGGCUUUCCAAUGAACUACUUUUGGAUUCCCAGCAAACUCUCGUCUUUAAAGUCUGGCAUAAAGCAGAUGUUGAGCGUGUGAUAGGAUUUGCAUCGGUGGAUCUCUCCCCUCUCCUCUCUGGUUUCCAGCUGGUCUGCGGCUGGUACAACAUCACGGACUUCAGCGGACAGUGCCAAGGGCAGAUCAAAGUGGCUGUCUCCCCCCUUGAGAAUAUAACCCAUCUCAAAAAAGAAAGACAGGAGAGAAGCAAGACAAGAGCUGCAGGCUCACCAGUGAGGGACCUGUAUGCUGCAUUUCCUGCGUUCUCUGCCAGAAGCGCCACAGAGAUAUUCAGCAGCUCCUUGAGAGGCACAGAGGCCCCAAGACACCAAGGAACCGGAGCCUGGUCGCCCCGACAUGAAGAACAUGUGCAGAACAUCCGCCGGUUCCAUGAGUCGCUGCAGCAAGCAGAAGGAAGUAUUUAUCAUGCUGGGAGGUUGGAUUCCCUGUCCAGUUCCUCACGGACAUCGCUCCUCGGGACUCUCAGGAAAAACCUGUGUGAGCUGGAUGAGAUCCAGAGGUACUUUAGCCAAAAGCUGACCAGGCCCUUCCCAGACAUGGAUCUUCCGCUUCAACCUACGGAUGAGCUUGGCCAAAGUCGCCAAAACUCUGCCACCCGGUUGGUAGAUCCUGAAGGAUGCCAACUGCUGGAGAAGUCCAAUCACCUGGUUUCACAAGUGAGCAGCCUGAUCGUAGACUUGCAGAACAACAUGCUGAGAAAUGCCACCAAAGAGUCUUUAGAUGCUCAUGAAGAUGGGACCAGAUAUUUUCAUUCAAAGGAGCCACUUUCUGUUGUCCUGGACCAGAGAGAGGAAGCUGACAGGACAAAAGUGCCAAAAGGAAACAAACCUGAGAGCAGCCCCAGUGUAGAGAAAGAGCCUUUGUUCCCUCCUGGACAAUCCUCUUGUGGAAGAGACUUGCUUUAUGAAUUCCUUGGCCAAGGCAGCUCUCAGGAGAACCUUCCUUUUCCCAGCCAGAGAGAAGAAGGUGCUAGUCAGUCCCAUAGUGAGGAGGACGAGGAGGAGUAUGAAGAGGAUGUUGUGGAACCAAGGAUGCUGAAUGAAAUCACCACCGUGACAGACAAAACCAGCCCCUGGUCCAGCCUUGUUUCCGAACCUGAGCAGGAGCCUGAACAAAGGGAAAUCACAGUCGAAGCCGUUCAACAUUUACUCAAAGAAGAUAGUCCUAGAAGCAGUCCUAAGUCCAGCGUAACCCAAGAAGAGCCCCAGAGCGUUCCCAGCACUGCGAGAUCCAGUAACAGCCCCUUCAGAGAAGAUGCUGCUGCUGAUGAACGUGUCGGGAGACAAGACCUUGAAAGUUGUACAGAAGAGCUGCUCCAACCUGCGGCCCUCUCACCUGUAGAGCAGACAAACAACGAGUCUGCAGGCGACCCAGUCUCUGAUCAGGAAGGAGUGCUCAAUACCCCAAGCAAGGAGAUGGAUGAGGAAGCAUGCAUUUCAGAUGGUGAGGAUGAGAAUUCUUCAGCAGCUGCAGCCGCCACUGAGAAGGGAAUUGAGUGUUUACAUAGCAACUCACAAGAUGGAGAAGAUGCUGAUCCGAGUGAAGAGGGGCAUCUGCGUCCUGAAAGCGGUUGCGACGAAGAAGGUCACAAAGAACCAACAGAAAACUCUGAUCGGCCUCCCAAAUCCACCGUUGUGCUAUCGGACCCCAUUGUCAUCCCCAACUUCUUCCUCCCACCUCAACAUUUGGAAGCCUCCAUGCGACUCCUCAGCGUUUCUACUUCUUCUCCUGCUGUGAAGCCUGGAACCAGUGUCAGCCAUGGAGGAGGGGAAGCUGCUGGUGCUGCGGCAGAAAUCCUUCCCGGAAGGCAGAGCCGCCAGAAGCUGAGCCUGAUGCCGGCCCAGCUGUCAGAAGAAGAGACCAAAAGGAUAGCGAGAAUAUUUUCCACACGGUUCUCCAAAAGGACAUAGUGAUGGAGAGAGACCCAAGCGCUGAAACCUUCAGCAGAGUCACCAGCCGGGACUGGAGGCAAAUCCUGCUUGGUUUGAGCCUAGCAUCCACAGAGGAGCCCUCCAUUUGCCAAGGAGCUCUGUCCUUGGUGAUUCUGCCAUCUCAAAGAGAUGCCGUCAUUCACUAUGUAUGGAAGAGGGAUUCCUUUCUCACAUUGGCACGGUCGGUCUGUCCCUCUUAGACGGGGACUCCGGAUUAGUCAGAUACAAACUGGGUAAGUCGGUCAGAGGGCCACAAGGGCCUGCCUUGCAUUUUGCACUGGACUCUCUCUUCCGUUCAUGUUUUGCUCCCCGUUGCUACCAUUAUCUCUGCUUCUUAGACUGACUGUGCCUUGCUUUGUCCACGACACUCUUUUCACAUUUCCAAGUAUCCUUAAAGGUCUUGGCCCACCUGGGAGGAGCCUUCCAGUCAUUGUUUACCUAGUGUGGAAAGCAGAAAGUCAUAGUUCCUAUACCAUGGUGCCGUCAUAACAUGAGCACCAAUACAGCUGAAAUGCAACUUCUUCUGAACGCCCAUCUUCUCAAUUUCUUUUUGCUUCGGAUCAUUGCACAGCUAUCCCUUGAUCCCAUCUCUAUUCUGCAGCAGCCAUAACCCUCUGAAUUUUUCCCUACAACUCCCAUAAUCCCUCACCAUUGUAUUUACUGGUUGAUGGGAGCAUUAACCAAAAACAUCUGGAAAAUCAGUCACACAGAUCUCACUGUAUACAUCCAGUAUGAGAAUUGUGUGGCCUUCCAAUGUGGGAUAUUACUCCCAGCAUUCCUUACCACCGACAGCGGUUGAUGGGAGUUGCAAUUCAACAUCUCUGGAGAGACCUACAUGGUUUUCUGUCUAUGUGACACCAGUUUGGCUUUCUUCUUUCCGCCUCUUAAAAGAAAUCCUUUUUUUCAACCCCAAAAUGCCAGCUUAUAUAGAAAAGCUUCCCUUUGUAGAAGGAAAUGGCAGAAGAGCAUUGUUGCUCUUGGUCUUCUUACACUUGCAGUCUUUUGUAACAAGAUCCAGAGUGAAGCUGGAGGUGAUGUGCGGGAAUAGGCUUUGCAUUUCUUAUUUCCUCAAGAUAACCAUCUUCUCCUUAAACACAGGCCUGGUGUUUAUUUGGACAAUCCCGGAAGCUUUAGAUUAAAGCUGUGUAGAAAUAUGAAUGAGCAUGCCCUUUUGCACAGAAAGGGCCGCCCUAUAAUCACUAUUCCCGUUCAACUGUGAAUAUCUUUUAUUUUGUUUAAGGUAUGUGACUUUGUGAAUAUAAAUUAUUCCAUUUUAAAACCAUUUUUAAAGAUACAUCAAGCCUUGAAAAGUGCUGUUUACAAAUGAAACUGUAUUGAUUUAUUUAUAAGUAUUUUUACCAUCGUGAUUCAUUUUUUUACAAUAAAAAUGCAUUUAUAUUUUUGUGA